AUGGCAAGCGGGGGACCUCGAUUUCUAAUGACGGCGGAUUACUCUCUGACUCCAACCAAGGCUCCUCGUAUUUCCCAGAUCGAAUUUCUACUCCAUAUUCGAACGUUUCUCGAGGAUGAUAAUGGCCGUUUCCGAGAGGAUCAUUCACAGGAUUUCUCCGUUUGGCCGGAAUUUGUAUUCGGCUCCCGUCGACACCGCAACAACGUCGCUCGUCGUUUACUCGAAGCCGGAUGGCUCGAUCAACGCGGCCUUGAAAGAAUAUUGGAUCAAGUUUUCUCCGAAUCAAAUUCGAUUAUAGAAAAAGAGAAGAAGAGUCGCAAUAGUAAGGGAUUCGACAACGUGAUAAGGAUAAUAUUUCAAGUUAAAAAGUAUGUGAGGCGGGAACGCUAUGAUGAGUUAGCGGCGGCAAGGGCUAUGGAGUUGUCGAUGCGAGAAGCUCCAAAGCUAGUUCCGGCGACUAAAGAAUCGAUCAAAGCUUUGAAGAAAGUGAAGCUUGUUGAAGGUUACGGCGACGGUAUUGAGUGCAUGAUUUGCAUGGAAAAGUUAGUGCGGUCUAAAACGGAGGUUGUAACUUCCAUGCCAUGUUCUCAUCUCUUCCAUGGAGACUGUAUCGAGAGGUGGCUGAGUACCGGUCAUCUCUGCCCAUUGUGCCGCUUUCCGAUGCCGACUGAUGCCGUAAAACAUUAG